AUGGCAUCGAUGGCAGAGAUGCUCGAUCAGCUCAUGGGCUCGGAGCGCAACCUCCUCCCGGAGCAAAGAACCAACCGCAAGGUGCAGUACAACGACCCGGACGUGUGCAAGUACUACCUCUGCGGGCUGGACGUCAACAUGUUCAAGAACACGCGGAGCAACGACGACCUCCAGCGGCACAUUGCCCCAGAGGACAUCAGCAAGAUCCAGAGCGAUGAGCUGCGCGAGACGUUCAACUCCCUCCCCUCGCCCGAUCGCGCCAAGACCGGGUACGAGGCGCAGACCAAGCGCCUGUUAGACGUGGUCGUGCGCGAGUGCGACAGCCGCAUCAGGCGGCAGAACGAGCGAUGCGAGGAGAUGAACAAAGUCUCCGCCGAGCUCAAGCCGGAGCAGAAGAGAAUCAUCGACACCUACAACAAGCAGAUAUCCGAGUACGCCGUCAAGGCUGAGAAACUGGGAGAGGAAGGCGAGGUGGACGCCGCGCAGCAGGCGCUCGCGGAGAGCGAGCGGCUCAAGGCACUGCGCGACCAGGCCGAGGCCCGCUUCGGGAGCGCCGCCAAGACGAUGUUCGCGUGUCCGGUGUCCGGCGUGCUGAUGUCCUCCGUCGACAACGACGAACGAAAGGUGGAGCACGAGACCGGGAAGCAGUACGUGGGUUGGACGCGGUGCAGGGAGCUGCAAAAGGAGCUCGCGGAGAAGAUUCAGGCGUACGUGCGCGCGGGGCACGUCAAACCGUACAGACCGCCGGUGCCGCAGGGAUACGACCGGGGCCCGGGCCGCGGCGGACACGGCGACGCGAGGGGAUGGGGAAGGGACAGCAGGCCGCCAUUCUCGGCGCGGAACCAGGGCAGGGGCAUGGACAGGGACAGGGACCGAGACAGGGACCGAGACAGGGACCGAGACCGGGACAGGGACCGGGACCGGGACAGGGACAGGGACCGGGACAGGCGUCGGGACGGUUCGAGGGAUCGGAGGGACCGAAGCAGGGACAGGCGCAGGGACCGCGACAGGGACCGGGACAGAGACAGGGACCGUGACAAGGACCGUGACAGGGACCGCGACAAGGACCGGGACAAGGACCGCGACAGGAACCGCGACAGGGACCGCGACGAGGAUUACGAUCGGGACAGGAAGCGGCGACGCGAUCGAAGCCGGAGCCGGAGCCGGAGCCGGAGCCGAAGCCCGAGGAAGAAGGACCGCCGCGAAAGGGAUAAGGAGGACAGGGACAGGGACAGGCGCAGGUCCCCGGACCCAAGAGACUCGAGGAGGAUGUGA